AUGUUGUUCCCAUGGCAGAGUACUCUUUUUGAGUUUUCAGCACAGCUUACAGCCGGCUUUGUACUAGCGAUAUUAGUCCUUAUCGGGGGCAUCAGCAUUUACAACCUGGGCAUUCAUCCUCUUGCAGCAAUCCCCGGUCCUAAAUUUUACGCACUGUCUGACCUACCUCAUAUUCGUGAUUUAGCCAGUGGCAGAUGGCCAUUCAUUCUACAGAAAUUCCAUGAGCAAUAUGGACCGGUCGUUCGAUUUGGACCGAAUGAUGUAUCAUUUAUCUCUCCGGAAGCCUGGAAGGACAUCUAUGGCUUCAGAACUGCGACCAAAAAACUGUUCCCAAAGGAUCUGCGCCUGUAUAGAGGAACGCUCACAAAAUCCACCAACAUCCUGAUUGCGAAUGAUGCAGACCACAGUCGAAUGCGACGGCUCCUGGCACACGCAUUUUCUGAGAAGGCACUGCGAAGUCAAGAAGGGAUCAUGGAGAUGUACGUCAGCAAAUUGAUCUUUGCGCUGAGGGAUCGAAGCGGUAAAAAUGUGGACGGUGCUGUUGUUGAUAUCAGCAAGUGGUACAAUUUCCUGACUUUUGACGUGCUGGGUGAUCUAGCGUUUGGAGAGUCUUUCGGAUGUCUCGACGGUGGAGAAUAUCAUCCGUGGGUUCAAAUUAUCUUUUCAGGAUUCAAGUUGUCUUCCUACAUCCAAGCAAUCAGGCGACACCCUUACACACUAGGUGUUUUGGGAUUCUUCCUCCCCCAUGAACUCAUUCGAAGGGCAACUGAUCACCAGAAGAUGAGUUUCGAAAAGGCCAAAAUUCGGGCAGAAAGGGGCCCAGGCGACCAUCCCGAUUUCAUGUCCUAUAUCUUAAGACAUACUGAUGAACAUCAAAUGACACCGGACGAGAUUGGAGAGAAUGCUAACAUUCUUAUCGUCGCUGGUAGCGAGACCACUGCCACCCUGUUGAGUGGAGUCACUUUCUGGCUUCUUAAGAAUCCGGCGGUUUAUCAGAAAUUGGUCAAGGAGGUUCGCGAGUCAUUUCAAAAUGAAGGAGACAUAACCUUGCAGAGUGUGGCCCAACUUCCAUACCUGCUUGCUGCCCUCAAGGAAGGCCUACGGAUGUAUCCUCCGAUUCCUUCUGGUCUUCCACGCCUUGUACCUGAUGGGGGAGCUUUUAUCGAUGGGAAUUUUCUGGCUGAAAAGACUUCAGUAUCUGUCAGUCAUUGGGCAACUUAUCGAUCAUCAUCGAACUUCACUCUUCCAGACUUAUUUAUUCCUGAGAGAUGGUUAGAUGACCCUCGUUUUGCCAACGAUCGUCCGGAUGCACUGCAACCUUUCUCGUAUGGACCAAGAAACUGCUUGGGCAUAAAUCUCGCCUAUGCUGAGAUGAGGCUAGCAUUAACACGAAUACUUUACAACUUUGACCUACAACUGCAUCAUGACAGUCUAUCAUGGAAUGAACAAGAUAUCUAUGUCUUCUGGCACAAAGGCGCUCUCAAUGUCAAGCUUACGAAUAGACCAACUUGA